AUGUUGUGGGUUGAUAAACACGCGCCUCGUCGCCUGGACGACUUGGACUGUCACGAGCAUCUCACGCCUUUGUUCCGCAGCCUCGCUGCAAGUGAUGCUCCUCCGCAUUUGUUGUUGUACGGCCCCAGCGGCGCGGGAAAGAAGACAAGGGCUCUUGCAUAUUUGCGAGAAGUGUUUGGAGAAGAUAUUGAUAAAGUUCGGGUUGAGACAUUUGUAGAGAAAGAAACCAACGCGGAGGCGACCGUAUGCCAAUCCAAUUCCCACAUAAUACUGUCUUGCGCGGAGUUUGGACUGCGAGAUAAACAAAUUGUACAGGGUGUAAUUAAAAGUUUGGUCGAGGCGGCUCCUCAGGCAUCUAUUGCUUCUUCUUUCUUUUGCACGUCGAAACAAAAAAAGAGGUUUAAAG